AGCAGCAGUCCGAGCUCCUCUCUCACCCUACGCUCAUCUCACUACACCUGGGAUCCACAUCCAGCCGUCCCUCUUCUGCUAUCAGACAACCAAAGGAACCAUGGUGCUCUACCACAGGGAGUUUGACAAGGCAGGCAAGGCAGCCGGUCUCCAGAUAUGGAGGAUAGAGAAGAUGGAGCUGGUCCCUGUGCCUGAGAACCUGCACGGGAACUUCUAUGUUGGGGACGCGUAUGUGGUCCUCCACACUGUCAAACAGCGGGAUAGCUGCUUCUACGAUCUGCACUACUGGCUGGGUAAGGAGUGCAGCCAGGACGAGAGCACGGCGGCGGCCAUCUUUACUGUUCAGCUGGAUGAUUUUCUUGGAGGGAAGCCUGUCCAGUACCGAGAACUGCAGGGGUUCGAGUCCACUGCCUUCACACGAUACUUCAAGGGAGGCAUCACAUACAAAGCCGGAGGCGUGGCCUCUGGGUUCCAUCACGUGGUCACCAACGACCUGUCAGCUCUGAGACUAUUCCACAUCAAAGGUCGCCGUGUCGUCAGGGCAACCGAGGUCACCCUCAACUGGUCCAGCUUCAACAGAGGGGACUGCUUCAUCGUGGACCUGGGAGCAGUUAUCUACCAGUGGUGCGGUUCAGAGUGCAACAAGUUUGAGCUCCUGAAGGCAGCACAGGUGGCUGCCGGUAUCCGUGACAAUGAGAGGAAUGGCCGAGCAAAACUGGUUGUCGUGGAGGAAGGGAGAGAGCCGUCUACGUUAACUGAGGUACUCGGCAACAAGCCAAAUCUACCAAAAGGUGAUGACAAUGACGAUAUGGUGGCAGAUAUCUCCAACAGGAAGAUGGCCAAACUCUACAUGGUAUCUGAUGCAUCUGGAGCGAUGCAGGUGACCCUGGUCUCAGAGGAGAACCCGUUCUCUCAGAGCCAUCUGCUGUCUGACGAGUGCUUCAUCCUGGACCACGGGAAGAGCAGGAUGAUCUUCAUCUGGAAAGGCCGUAACGCCAACCCCAGCGAGAGGAAGACUGCCAUGAAGACUGCUGAGGGCUUCAUCAAGCAGAUGGGCUACCCAGCUAACACACAGAUCCAGGUUCUUCCAGAGGGUGGGGAGACUCCUAUCUUCAAACAGUUCUUCCAGGGGUGGAGGGAUAAGAACCAGAGCGAGGGGUUCGGGAAAGUAUUUGUGACCGAGAGGAUAGCUAAGAUACAUCAAGUGGAGUUCGAUGCCUCCAAGCUCCAUGAGUCCCAAAGCAUGGCAGCUCAGCAUAACAUGGUGGACGACGGCACAGGGGACACUCAGAUCUUCAGAGUGGAGAGCAGUGGUCGAGUCCCAGUUGACCCAAAGACGUAUGGUCAGUUCUAUGGAGGAGACUGUUACAUCAUCCUCUAUACAUAUAAGAGAGGACAGAUCAUCUACACCUGGCAGGGGGCUAGCAGCACUCUAGAUGAGCUCACAGCUUCAGCCUUCCUAACUGUGGAGCUGGAUCGCUCUCUGGGAGGGAACGCAGUUCAGGUGAGAGUGUCCCAAGGUAAAGAGCCUGCCCAUCUCCUGAGUCUGUUCAAAGACAAGCCCCUCAUCGUGUACAAGAGUGGUACCUCACGCAUCGGAGGCCAGGCACCUGCGGCCCCCACACGCCUGUUUCAGGUCCGACGUAACCUGGGCACCAUCACACGCAUCGCAGAGGUGGAGGCGGAGGCUGGCAGCCUGAACUCUAACGAUGCCUACCUGCUGAAGAUGCCCGCGGGGCAGAGCUACCUGUGGGUGGGUAAGGGCGCCAUCGAGGACGAGGAGCGGGGAGCCCGGUACCUGAGUCAGGUGCUGAAGUGUCAGACACAACGCAUCGUAGAGGGACAGGAACCAGCGGACCUCUGGGCAGCGUUAGGGGGGAAGAAGGAGUACCAGACAUCAGAGAGACUGGAUAGUAGCCGCACUCAACAACCUCGCCUGUUCGCCUGCUCCAACAAGACUGGCAGGUUCAUAAUUGAGGAGGUUCCAGGAGAGUUCAGUCAGGAGGACCUGGCAGAGGAUGACGUGAUGCUGUUGGACGUCUGGGAUCAGGUGUUUAUCUGGAUUGGCAAAGAUGCCAAUGAAGUUGAAAAAACUGAAUCUGUAAAAUCUGCCAAGACAUACAUAGAGACGGAUCCGGGGGUUCGGGAUAAGAGGACCGCCAUAGUGAUGGUGAAGCAGGGUCAUGAACCCCCCACCUUCACAGGGUGGUUCCUGGGGUGGGACACGGCACGCUGGGACUCACACACCGUGGCCAGGACCAUGAAGACACUGCAGAUUUAGCAUAAAUGAAUCCCAACAGUUAUAACACUGUAAUAACACAGUUUAGACAUUUAUAACAUUCACUCUGUAUUCAGCCAAGGGUUUCCAGAUACUAGUGUGAAAUAAGGGUUAACUAGUCAUUCAUGGACUAGUGUUGGGCUUAAGGAAGCGCAAAGUCCUUUACUUUGAUUUGUCUUUGUUUGCUUUACUUUUAGGCCUGCUAUGUGUCAUUUUAUUUGUAUUUGUUUGCUUUACUUUUAGGCCUGCUAUGUGUCAUUUUAUUUGUAUUUGUUUGCUUUACUUUUAGGCCUGCUAUGUGUCAUUGUAUUUGUAUUUGUUUGCUUUACAUUUAGGCCUGCUAUGUGUCAUUUUAUUUGUAUUUGUUUGCUUUACUUUUAGGCCUGCUAUGUGUCAUUUUAUUUGUAUUUGUUUGCUUUACUUUUAGGCCUGCUAUGUGUCAUUUUAUUUGUAUUUGUUUGCUUUACUUUUAGGCCUGCUAUGUGUCAUUUUAUUUGUAUUUGUUUGCUUUACUUUUAGGCCUGCUAUGUGUCAUUUUAUUUGUAUUUGUUUGCUUUACUUUUAGGCCUGCUAUGUGUCAUUUUAUUUGACAUUUGAGUCAUUUAGCAGAUGCUCUUAUCCAAAGCAACAUACUGUAGCGAGUGCAUACGUUCUUUUCUUUUGUCUUGCUGGUCCCCCGUGGGAAUCAAACCCUCAACCCUGGCGUUGCAAGCACCAUGCUCUACCAGCUGAGCACACGGGACAUCGUCUGAUGUGCACUGCUUGGACAUCUUUGUUGUUUAUUUUUUUUUCUCGUUACAAAGAUGAAACCCUAAAAUAUAUGAUAUAUUAUGUUGAUUUGGACUUCUAUAACUGUCUGGAAUGAAUGUUGCUAUUUGCUUUUUUUAUGAUAGAAAACUCUCAGCAGGCUUUACGCAUUUUUCUUCUAAUUUCACAUUUCUGAAGUUGUUCUCAAAUCUAGCCUAGCCUCGCAAGCUUAUGUGAAGGAUUUGAUCAUCAGUCUGGUAAUUCCGAGGCUAAAAGUCUAACCCAGGGGAUUUUUUGGCCCACAACACCGUUUUGAUAUCUGAAUAUUCUUGUGACCCCAACCGUGUGAAAAAAACAGCCAAUGUUAACUUUUCUUAUUUGACUCUGUGGCAGACAAUUCUAACAGUAUUUCUGAUUGUCUUAACAUACUUUUAAUGGGAGGCUAUGACAGUCAAUUGCAAAUUAGUCUGACAUAUAAUGUCUCUAACAUCACCAUCACUAAUGAGAUGGGUGUGCUAGAUGAAUGUCUCGUCGGAGUAUCUCAUAGUCAGGGGGCUUGGUCAACAGUGGUCAAGCUCAGACUGUGCUCAUCCUGCUGACGCAUCCAAUCUGGGUCGAUAUUUGGUUUUAAUGCCGAUGAGAGCAUGGUUUGCUUUUGAAAGACUCUAAAUCAAUCAAUUAAAUGUAUUUAUAAAGCUUUCUUACAUCAACUGAUGUCACAAAGUACUGUACAGAAACCCAGCCCAAAACCCCAAACAGCAAACAAUGCAGGUAUAGAAGCACGGUGGCUUGGAAGAACUCCCUAAGAAGGAGUUGUUCUGGUUCGUUGCUCUAAAGAGUUCUUUCCUCUAAAUACACUGAUUUGGUCACUCAUCUGUAGAAGGUUUUUCUAUUUCCCCUGUAUGCUUGCGUUCAGUUUACCAAAAUGUCUCUUAAAUAGGCAAGGACACACAUUAAAUCCAUUGUGAAUGACAACAUUUCCUCUCUCAAUGCGAAAACCCCCCUCGAUAACCACCAAGCCUCUGUGUGAAAUAAGACAUUGUCAUGCUCAGACCCCAUAUCUCCACAUAGUUUUGUGAACAGGCGUGAUCGCAAUGGAUGUGGUUUGAUGUAGUUUCCAAUCUAAGUUACCCGCUGCAGUGCCUUCAGCCUUAUUCUAAAAUUGAUUCAAUAAAACAAUUUCCUCAGCAAUCUACACACAAUACCCCAUAAUGACAUAAGUGAAAACAGGUUUUUAGAAAUGUUUGGAAAUGUAUUAAAAACAGAAAACAGAAAAACCUUAUUUACAUAAGUAUUUAGACGCUAUGCUAUGAACCUCUAUAUUAAGCUUAGGUGCAUCCUGUUUCCAUUGAUCAUCCUUGAGAUGUUUCUAUAACUGGAUUGGAAUCCGCAUGUGGUAAAUUCAAUUGAUUGGACAUGAUUUGAACUCUUUGGCCUGAAUGCCAAGCAUCACGUCUGGAGGAAACCUGUCACUAUCCCUACGGUGAAGCACGGUGGUGGAAGCAUCAUGCUGUGGGGAUGAUUUUCAGCAGCAGGGACAAGGAGACUCGUCAGGAUCGAGGCAAAGAUGAACGGAGCAAAGUAGAGAGAGAGCCUUAAUGAAAACCUGCUCAGGACCUCAGACUGGGGCGAAGGUUGACUUUCCAGCAGGACAAAGACCCUAAGCACAAAGCAAAGACAAUGCAGGAGUGGAUUCUGGACAAGUCUCUGAAUGUCAUUGAGUGGCCCAAUCAGAGCCCCGACUUGAACCUGAUCGAACAUCUCUGGAGAGACCUGGAAAUAGCUGUGCAGCGACGCUCCCCAUCCAACCUGACAGAGGUUGAGAGGAUCUGCAGAGAAGAACAGGAGAAACUCCCCAAAUACAGGUGUGCCAAGCUUGUAGGGUCGUAACCAAGAAGACUCAAGGCUGUAAUCGCUGCCAAAGGUGCUUCAACAAAGUACUGUGUAAAGGGUCUGAAUACUUAUGUAAAUAUGAUAUUUCAGUUUAUUUAUUUUAAUUUGCAUGAAUUUUUAAAAAAAAAUACUCUUUUUGCUUUGACAUUAUGGGACAUUGUGUGUAGACUGAUGAGGGGAAAAAACAAUGUAAUCAAUUUUAGAAUAAGGCUGUAACGUAACAAAACGUGGAAAAAGUGAAGGGGUCUCAUUACUUUCCGAAUGCACUGUAAGCUGGGGAGUUUCCUCUUGAUUGCAUAAAUUAUUUGUUUAACAGCGUUAUCUGACUUUGGCAAUUGUCUUCACCAUGUCAAUUGCAGGUGGUAAUAUCAGUCUCUGUAAUACUGUAUGGUUUCGUAGCGGAGCGGACCUAGACAUUCACCAUGGGAAUGGCUAAGUGACUUGGUCAAGUGCAACCUAUUUUCCAUGAUCUGUGGGUGCACUCUAGCUGAAUUUUAUCUUUUAGAUUUUAAUCAUUUUAAUCAAGAUUUUUAAGGGUAACCACAUUACAAUGAUUUUGAGAUAUAAGGACAAUAUUAAAUAUGUAUUUUUUUUUCUCCAGAUUUGUUAAAUUCUCCUAUGACCCUAUUUUCAUAUCAGGCGACCCCUAGUGUUGAUAGCCUGACAAAUUAACUUGUAAUUCUUAUCUGACAAUAUUCUAGAACUUGAAAACAUCCCUUUUGAUCACUUUACUAUAUUGAAAGAGAGACAUAGGCUUUCCAAUGGGGGAUAUCAGUUUCACUAGUAAAUUGAGUGCACCAUCCUACUGGACACAUACGUCAAUUCAACAUCUAUUCCACGUUGAUUCAAUUUCAAAUUACGUGGAAACAAUGUUGACUCAACCAGUGUGUGACCUGUGGGAUUUCACUGCAUUCUCAUUUCAAAGGUCAAUUUCCCGCCAUUCCAGUGUCUGGCGUCUGAGGAGCAUAAUUUCAGAUAGAACUAUUGAAACCGCUAAGAGAUCAGACCAGAUCUGAGAGACCACCCAAACCACUGUAAAUGUGUUAUUGAUGGUCCUCACCUCCUUAAAUAAAGGAAAUCACCCUGCUCUAUGA